CGUUUCUCCCCCUUCGUCCUCCUUCGACGAAGGUGUAGACGUUGCUCUCGGUGGAGUUGUCGCUUGUCCACUUCACUCUCGCUCGUAACAGUGCCAAAAGUGCUUCAAAACACUCCGCUCCGUUCUGUCGGUCCCAUCUUUUUCUCUUUGCUCCUUUUCUUUCUCCCUAUUUCUUUACUUGCCGCCUUUAUAUUUUUCUUGCGAUCGAUACAAUUUCUCUUUUUAUCUAGGUGGAAGUUUAUCCACGUGUUCACGUUUUCUUUUCCUUCUUUUGUAUCUUCCAUUUUUUUCCUUCGAAAUAUCUUGCUAUAUUUGCCAAAGAAUCACGCGAGGCAGAGUCGAUCGCGAUGCAUUGAACGGCUCGAGAUCGGAUGAAGAUUAUUAAUCGCGGCCUGUGAUUUGUGCAAUUGAUCGUGUUCAACGAUGACCAUCGUAUCAUCCAGUUUGACGGAAAAUUGAUCGUGUAUGAAAAUCGCUCGAAUAUUGUAAACGUUUACAACGCUCCGCGAAGUCAGCCGCCGGUCCCGAUUUUUCCAGAAGAGGAUUCGUCAAGAAUGAUACGUUCAUGUUGCCGGAAAGCAACUUUCCCGUCACAGGGGGCACUAUGCAGACCGAGGAAGUCGUGCCGCGUACACAGUCUGUUGGCAUAGACAGUGGUCUCACCGACGGCGCUGGUUUGCAGCAUCAUUUGCAUCACUCGGUACAUCUACGUUGCCCGCUAUCGCCUCUGAUCCACAUGGCCGUCAAACAGGAGCCGAAGGAGGAAGAAGAGCGAAGUCGCGAUGUUAACACGUUAAGCUCGCAAGUGAACAUAGGCAACGUGGCGGAUUCGGCGGACAGCAAGCAUGGACAGCAAGGUGGUAAUCAAAUUCAAGGACUGGAGGAAAAUCCGGUAUUAACUGCACCGGAUUCUAGCAAUCGAGGACGAACUAGUCGUGGCCGCAGGAAAUCACGAUGGAAACUCAAAUUUCAUCAUCAAGCAUUACCCCCGGAAUAUUUGGAUCACUACGAAGCGUCACUGGCCCAGGAAAAUUUGAAUUCAUCGCCACCACGCAUCAUCGAGCCAACAGCAUCCAGUCCGGCGCCGACUAACUCUACCCCAAGUCCCGUCGCCGACGUUCAUGGUUGGCUGCAGCGAAUCGCGGCGAUGCAGCAAGAGCUUUGUCCACAGAUCGUACCACCUCAAUGCCCAACGACUCUCGGUCAUAACCAACAAGUCACCGGUACUAGGAGAUCCGUCAUCACCUCUGUGUCUUCACAGGCUUGUAAUACAACUUAUCCCAGUCAUCACAUUCAACAGACGCAGACAUCUAGCAGACCUCCCAUGAAAUAUUCCGAUCUGCCGUACAUGGGUGAAAUCACUCUCGACAAUAGCAAACCUAGACGUGGCCGGAAACCGAAGAAGGCUGACAUAUGUCAUUUAAUUUACAAAAAUUAUGGCACGAUUUUGCCGGGCACGCCUGGUCAUGAAGAGAGGAGACUGUCGCCACGGGACAAGCAGGAUUCUCGGGAGCGCGUGUCGCCUCAAGUACCUUUUCAAAGGACCGACGUUCAGAACAGGAUCAGCAGUUUGCUGGAAAAACGACUGACUCAGGAGACCCGGCGGAGCUUUUCGCUGUCUGAGAAUUCGCGGGAGCAGGAUGAGCCAUUGAAUCUCUGCAUCAGGGAUCUCAACCAGUUGAAGAUUCGAUUACUGCGGAAACAUGGAAACGUGUACGAGUCUGGCCAGGUGAAGAGUGAAACAUCUAGCGAUGGUGAAGAAGUGGAAUGUCUAGGAACGGGCUUCUUGUCGGAACCGAUGAAUUAUUCAGAACCAGUUGGCCAUCGAUCGAAUAACAAUUUCGUCAAUCAUAAUAAUAAUGUAAUUGAUCCUAUGAUCGGUCACAACUCCGGCUUUGUGUAUUGGCCGAAUGCUGGUGUGUUUAUUCAUCCAAUGGCGUUGCAGUCCCAAUUGCUGUAUUAUCAAAAAGUCGCUCAAAAUGACAAGUGCCCACCGCCGGCAACGGAUCAAUCGCCGAGAGAACAAAAGAUCGUGCCAAAAUCGAUAUACUCAAUGAUGGAGACGAAGAGCGCAGCCCAAGUGUCGGCAUUACCUACAACUCAGGCGAUGCCAGUAUCUACGGCUGCCACGUCUACUUCGCCCAGACCGAAGAGAAAUGCACCCUUGAGCCAGCAGCAGAGUCAACCAACCAAACGGAAGCGCUCCGCUAUAUUUAUACCGCCGAUGCCAACCGAAAACAAUAAUAAUCCAGCGACAGAAGUGAGCAUAUGUAAAUUCAAAUUUACCGGUGGCGCCAAGCCUAGUUUACAAGAAAAGAAGAGCCUCUCUGUAGACUCAGGUGGCAAUUUCCGCUAUUACAGUGGUACCGGCGAUAAGAGUAUGCGUGGUUACGAGUUUUUUCCCAGAGAGGCUCUCCAGCAACCGGCGGGCCAAUCUGGUUCCACUUCCGCCGCCGGGGCCUUUCUCAAUGCCGCUGGUGAGAGGAUUCAACCACCGACGACGUGCCAGAGGAGUCCAUCCGGCCAGGACGAUGGCCGGCGAAAGAGAAAAACUAGAAAAUCUCUACAGCGCGAAAAGUUGGAGCAGACCUUCAAGGAAAAAGGUUUUCUUAUUCAGACGCAACAAUUAGAAUCCGCGGAAGGCGCUACCUAUUGCAAGUUCCGGCAGCUCAGAAAAUUUACCAGAUAUCUGUUUAGAAGCUGGAAAGACUAUUUGCCCGGUAACGUACGCGAAUUGAGCGGCUGUGGUAGCGGUGCUGCCGUUGCUAUAGAUGGCGACGUAGCUGACGUCGAAGUCGACGGUGAUGCCGCUCUCGUUCCCUCGCCACUUCCUCGCGGCAAUUUGCUAGACGUGCCGAACAGUUUCGUAGACGAUCAUCGGACUUUACCUCUCACGUGAGACUCACAAUCAGUAGUUCGCGACCAGUAGAAUUUAAGUCAUGACACGAGGCGAUUCAUAUUGCUCUUCGGUUGUUAAGUUUCAUAUUCGUGGAAAUCUAUUUCGUCUGCACUGAUAAAUUCAAUGAAAAGAUUUGGUACUACUGGUAAUUAAAAAUGUUUUCUAAAUUUAUAUUUUAAAACAGCAAAAAUCGUGUUUUAAAGUUAUGGAUAACAAUUGAUGGUUAUGCGGAAGAACUAAAUUUUUAUUUAAUUUCUCCAAUUUAUUUUAUGAUAAAAUGUAUAUUUAUUAUUGUAGUCAAAAUGAAUUUUUAAUCACAACCGUAGCGUGUCAUGACGUAUUUCACGAAAAAAAGAUAAACUCAUAGCUUAGUGCCAAAGAUGAGAGACUGGAAUGUACAUACAUAAAAUCACAAUAGAGAAUGGAUUAACCAAAGAGUGAUUUUUGCUCUCGCCAUGUUGGAAUUAAAGUUGUGCGGUGAUAAUUCAUUUUUAGACAAUAUCGGACUGCGAUGCAUUUGGGACGGUAUCAGAGUGAGACUUGUAACGAUAUCGUCAUACUUUUUUAAGCGAAUCGUCGAAAUAUUAUCUCUAACGAAAUCUAGUCUUAUUUAUACUCUUUUUAAAUUGUAAACAUGUUUUUCUGCUUUUGCGUCUAAUGGAUAUUUAUAUGGAGCGAUGUUGUGCGCACACAGCAGCAAUUUGGAUAAUACCGCAAGUAUUAAAAAAAAAAACGGGAGUUUAUACGUGACAAUGGACGUAAUUUUGUAUCGACA